AUUUCAGUUACUCAUAACCCGGAAGUUUCAAAGAAAUUAGCAAAAUGUCUAUGAAGAAAAAAAGCACGAAUGUUUCAUCUAUUUUGUUAAAUGACAAUGAAAACGAAGCACUUUUCAACAUCCUCGGUAGAGGUUGUGUGACACUUGCCUCUGGUGUAUGUCAACUCUAUACAGCUGACCCACCAUCUCGACAAAGGUGGAGUAAAAGAUUUUGCGGUGUUGUUUGUUUUGUAAAAGACAAUCCAAAGAGAUCGUACUACAUAAGAUUGUAUGACAUCAAGCUAGGAGGAAGCUAUGAUAGGAAAGAUGCAGUUAUAUGGGAGCAAGAAAUUUACAAUCAGUUCAAGUACAAAGCACCUAGAGAAUAUUUCCACACUUUCGAAGCUGAUGAUGUACAGGCAGGUCUGAACUUUGCUAGUGAGGAUGAGGCUAUAAAAUUUAAAAAUGCUGUUGAACAGAAAUUAUUGGAGAGGCAUCAGAAAAAAAUUGAAAGGAAAAAACAAACAACCAUAGUCAGUCAUGGUCAUCAGGCUAGUUCCCCUGUUAUGAACAAUGUGCCUGCUCAAGCACCUGUUGUCAACAUUGAUGUCAAGUCUGGAUCAAAUACCAUUGGAAAGAGUAAAGCAGGUAAAAAGGACAAGAAGAAAAAGCUGACUAAGGAAGAUAUUAGUACACCCACUGCAUUUAGACAUGUUAGUCACGUUGGUUGGGAUCCUACUAAAGGAUUUGAUAUGAAUAAUUUGGAUAAUGAUAUGAAGUCAUUAUUUCAACAAGUUGGUAUUUCUGACACCACUGAUAUGGACAAGGAAACCGUGGAUUUUAUUUAUGAUUUUGUUGAACAACAUGGAGGGAUAGAGAAAAUUAGAGAAGAAAUUAAAAAGAAACCUCCUCCUCCUCCAUCAUCUCAUAGCAAGAGUCCAAGAGAAGAAAUGUCCCCAGGUCAAAGGAAAUCAAGCAGCAAGAGUCCAAGAGAAGAAGUGUCCCCAGGUCAAAGGAAAUCAAGCAGUGCACCAAUACAGCCUCCUCCACCCAGAUCAGGUGGCCCACCACCACCACCACCAGCUAGGACUGGUCCUCCUCCACCUCAAAGGGGUGGACCACCACCUCCUCCAAAUAGGACACACCUUCCUCCACCACCAACACCAGCUAGACAAAUUGGCCAACCUCCACCACCACCAUCGUUCCAUGCACCUCCACAACCUCCACCUCAGUCAUCUAAAGGGGCACCCCUGCCAGCCCCUACUCCAGGAAUACCUCCACCACCACCCCCUCCAGCACCACCAGCUGCUCCCCCACCACCAGCAGCACCUGCAGCACCAGCUGGUGCACCACCAAUAGGGGUUGGUAGAGGAGCAUUACUGGAGUCGAUCAGAGGAGGAACUACACUCAAGCAUGCUGGAGAUGGACCUUCCAGAGGAGGAGGAAGUAGUGGUGGAGAUCCAAGGUCCAACUUGUUAGAUGCCAUCAGAUCUGGGAAAACACUGAAGGCUGUAGAAAAAGAGGACAAACCUGAGUCUGAUCCAGGCCAAGGAGGAGGUAUUGUAGGUGCUUUAGCAAUGGCAUUGGCUAACAGACAGAAAGUAUUACAGAUGUCUGAAGAUGAAGAUGAAGAUGAAGAUGAUAUGGACGAUGAUGAUGAAUGGGAUGACUAAGUCACUGACAACCAAUGGGAUGAAAAAGUCAGAAAAACAGCAUUAAACGACAGUAACAAUAGGACUAUAAAUGCCAACUUGUUAAUUACAAAUUGUUAAUUCAUAAGUUUGCAUUUAUUUAUAGAGUGAUAUAAUGAUAAUUUUCCAGAAGACAGCAUUAAAUUUGUCUGUAACUGACAGUUAAACCUGUGUAAAUCAAAACAAACAGUAAAUAAUUUGUGUGACAAAAGCCCUCAAAAUGGACCUACAGAGCUCAAAGAGAAUUAUUUGAAGCAUAGGGGAAUAACCUGAAUGAAAGGUGGUCUUAUUUUACCUCGCACUGUCUGUGAUAUUGGGAGUUAAGUGGAAAAGUGAAGAAUAUCUUAUCCUUAAUUUUGAACUUAGGGUUGAAAUAAUUCUCAUCAUAGUAUAUUAGAGACAUGAGAUGAUGGCCUGUCUGAAUUUUUUUUAUCAAUUGUGGGGUUUAAAACUUUGCUAAUCUGGUGCUGGAAUUAACAAUAUAACUAGUCUCAUAGCUAUUUGAUUCAUAAGGUUUUGUUGUAGUGAAUGAUUAGGCUCAAAUUGUACAUAGGUGAACCAAAGGAAAACACAUAUCAUUUUGAUACUUUUAUACAUCAAAUUAUUGUACUAAGUGGGAGUAGAUAUUCCAAUAGAGCUAUGUUAGGAAGAUUUGUAUGGGACUUGGACAACAUUUUAGAAAAAAUAAACAUUGGUGAUGGGGAUUCAGGACUUAAAUUACAACUUUAUAUAAAUUCAUUUGCUAUUACGGUAACAUUUUAAAGGGAAUGGUUAUGAAAAAGUGCUGUUCAGUCUUUAUAUUAAGAUACUAGAAUAGCCCACACAAAAAGCAUUAUGAUUUUUAUUUCAUUAAAAUCAGCUUUUUCGUGUGUGGAUGUGAGUUAAUUAUUUACUUUUUCAAGCAAAUGGUCAAAGUUGCUUUCUGAGAUGUGUAAUAUUAACACAGAUUCAUGCAAGUGGUUUAUUUAUAUUGUUUAAAUAUACAUAUAUAACAUUUUGGCUUGCUUAUGUUGAAUAAACCUGAUAAACUUUUCUUGUUUAGUAAUAUAUAAACAUUAUUGCAAUAGUUACAAUGGUUCAUCCAAAAUUUGUUAAAAGUUAUAAUUUAAAAUGAAUGUACUUUUGGUAAAGGAUAACCAAUCAGAACUCUGAUACUGUCGAUUUAUUAUUAUUCAAGGGGCCUCGGUGGCCGAGUGGUCUAAGUAGUUACUACAGUAAUCUCUAGCCAGUCAACACUGAGGUUGUGAGUUAGAACCCCGCUCUUGCCGGUGCACUCAACUCCAAUCUUAAUUGACUAGGAUUGUCAGUUUUCCUAUCGAAGGUCGGUGGUUUUCUCUGGGCACUCCGGCUUCCUCCACCAAUAAAAACUGACCGCCACGAAAUAGCCCAAAAAGUGGUGCUUAAAAGUGGCGUAUAAACACCAAAAAACAAAUCAAAUCAAAUUAUUGUUAUUCAUGGGAUACCAAUUUUCAUGGAUUUCCUGGGUAAAAGAGAGCCGAGAAUUAAAAUGUUCACUGUAGUACAAAUUUUCUAUAUGCUUGUUUGUAGGAAAAACGAUAAAAUCAAAUAUCCACAAAAAUAUGAUUUUCCCUCAGUCCAGGAAAAGUUAUACUCACGAAAGUAAAUGAAUCCACAGUAGUAUAAGAUAAUAGAAAUUAAGUUAAUUAUUACUGAAAUACAUUGAUAGUAGGUGGGUGGUUUCUAUUAUAGUACAAAUAAGUAUAGGUAGUUUUUGAUUGACUCAAUUUGAACAAGAGUUAUUUCCACUUUGUCACUAUGAUGAUGGUCAACAUGCACAAAUUAUAAUUAAUCAUCCAAAUGCAUUUGUUUUACUUACCACGAUACUAUAGAAAAAGUUUUCUGAAGCAUGAAUCAUCAUAACCAUCUAGUAAUGAUCUCCUCAAACUUGCUUGUACCACAUGUUUUAAUUUGGUAAGUCAAAUAAGAAAAUCAACCAGUUUCAUCUCCAACAUGCAUGGUGGCCAACAGAAAUAACUCCGUAUUCAAAUUACAUUAUAUACAAAUCCUGAAAAUCACUAAUAGUUGAAAAACAUGAUCAAUCUGUACUAUGGUGUUUUAUAGUUUUGGAAAUGUUAUUUGAAAUAUUAUUUAUGAUUUUAUGUAAUAUUAAUGUAUAAAUGCAUUUAUAAAACAGAUAUGCUUACAGAUCAUUCCUAUAUGUUACUUCCAGUUUACCGUUGGUAAAACAUUCCUCUGCUUGUUUAACCUUUAUAUGGUCAAUGCAUAAAGUGAAAUUUUUUGUUGUUGUCAUAUAUCACAUGUAUCAGUCUUUUCAGUUCAGAUAUUUUGUUUAUGAUUUUUUAUGUGAUUUAAACACAAUGAGCAAUAAUAACACAGCUGAUCACAUGUAUGUUUCAUUAUUUGAUUUGUAUUGCCACAAUAGUUAAUUAAAAGAAUUCAUAUAGAACUAUGAUACUCUAGAAACUAUGGCCUUGUACUAUUUUAUAGAGAUACUGUUGAAGUUCAAAUGUUACAAAGCUUUUAACUGGCAAUAUGCUUUGCACAUACAUUAAUAUAUCUAAAUUUAUCUAAUUAUAUAUAAGCAACAUGUGAGAUUUCAUCCUGUAUUAAUCAAAUGUAUCGGCGGAUCAUAAUGAAAAAAACAACAAUAACUAAGUUUACUUGACAUAACCUUAACAACUUAAAAUUACCCUACUUUAUUUAUUUACUUAUGAUUUCCCUGGAGUUAAAAAUUUGUUACGUGUCAAAAGUCAUUUAAACUUUAGUUUUCUAUGUUUGUGUAUGAAGUUUAUUGCUUUGCAUUUUAUUAUAUAAUUAUUUCUUGCAUGUUUAAGAGUUAUUAAAGAAUAUUUUUCUA